GCGCGAGCGCGGAUGGCUACCUCUUUCUGGAAGGCGCGCGACUUCCUGUUCUGCGGCGUGUGCGGCACCCUCCUCGACUUGGACAACAUCCGCUACGCCUCCUGCCCUCUCUGCGGCUUCAAGCGCAUGGCCAAAGAUAUCGAGGGCAAAGAGACUCGCUACUCCAUCACCGCUGAGGAUAUGAGAAGACAAUUAAAGACUCAACCGUUUGUGGAUGUAGUCGUGCAAAAAACUGUGAUAGACGGAACAUGCCCGAAGUGCAAGCAUAAUAAACUCGAAUACGACCAGAGGCAGCUACGGUCUGCGGAUGAAGGGGCGACUACCUUCUAUGAAUGCCCGAAAUGCAACUACAGAUUCAAUGAGAACUAAGAAACAGGUUUCCUAUCAGUUUAUGCGGUCAGAAGAAACUACUCGCGUCAUGAGCCGGGAAUUGAUGUUCAAGCUAGUUGCAGUUCUUUCACAUGUAUUCUAAUUAUGAAUGUUAUUAUCUGGGAUAUGUUAAUCCAUGAUUUGGAUAUAGUGACGGUAUUUUAUUGAAUGUGCCUAUGAAGAUGGCAGGGGGUCUUCCAGAAAUACCUGGGAUGCAUCAUGCAUAUUGUUAUGGUUAAAGAAUCUCUAGUAGCGCCCCUCAUAGGCUAUUGGGACGUCCAACUGUGGCACCA